AUGGCGUGGCCCUGCAUCAGCCGCCUCUGCUGCCUGGCGCGGCGCUGGAACCAGCUGGACCGCUCCGACGUGGCGGUGCCGCUGACCCUGCACAACUACUCGGACCUUGAGAGCGAGGAGCCGGGCCCGGGCGGCGGCGCCGCGCGCAGGGGCCCGUCCCCUGCAGGCGCCCGGGACCCUGGCCGGGACGUGCCACUCACUCAGUACCAGCGGGACUUCGGUGUGUGGACGCCCGCGGGGCCCAGGGAUGCGCCGCAGGGGCGGGGGCCCGGUGCGAGCGGCCGUAGGAGCAAGCCCCCCACGGCCCCCAGCCGGGGCGUCUACGUGCUCCCCAUCGGCGACGCGGACGCGGCUGCAGCGGUGACCACGUCGUACAGACAGGAAUUCCAGGCUUGGACUGGAGUGAAGCCGUCGAGAUCCACAAAGGCAAAACCCGCCACGGUCCUCACAACCCACAGCUCCGGCUGGGACGGCAGCCCUGGGGUCAGCUUUCAGGCUACUGAGGGGAGGAAGAAGUUCACCCCUAACCCGUCAGCCAUCUUUCAUGCUCCUGCUCCCCGGAUCCUCAACGUGUGACUGCCACCAAGGAAGAGUGCCAUGGUGGAGUCGGAACACACUGCUGCUGAGAUGGGGAAUGGGGUGAGAUCUUGGGACUGGUCCCCUGCUGUCCCAGGGGAAAGGCCUGUCUUUUGCUGCGGGCACCACUCUCCCCCACUGCCACCCGGACUGUGGGCCUGGUGCAGAGCAGAGGCGCAGAUGGACAUGGCCCCACACAGCUGGGCUCUGGGCCUCAACCAUCCUCUUGUUCCUCAAGACGAGUAUAGAAGGCUUCAGAUCUUUUUUAAAUUGCCUCUUUUGGCCACCCUUCCGUUUUUAAAUCUGAAGAACUUAAGGAUCAAUUCUGCUGUGAACUGAAUUGGUCCACGAGGGCUGAGGACUAGGGACAGAACAGUUGCUCGAAAGAAACCAGUAAGGUCCACCUUCUUGUUUUCCCAGGCUGCAUGGUAACUUUGUAACCUAUGGCCACCCACAGUACUGUCCUUGGAUAUUCCUACAAAUGGCCCCACCAUUCAGGUUGUAGAAGAAAUCUUAGGUAAUCACCUGCAUGUGACUCAUGAUGAUGCUGAGUAACCAGGAUGACAUUUCCAAAAGGUACAGAGUAUCAAUUAUAUGGUUUCAAUUUCAAAGACAUAAUUUAGGGCCAAGAUGACCUUUACAUUUUAACGAAAGGUUUCUUGUGCUGAGUGCUUUAAGUACUGAAUGAAUGACAUUUACCUUGGGGCUUCUGAGCCCCAUAGUUUAUUACUAAUUCCAGUUUUUUCCCUUAACAGUGGACUAGAAGGGAACAUGGUACACACCUGCUAAGCAUUGGGAGCUUUUUGGGGUAAGAAGUGUCAUUAGCCUUACUCCCUGAAAGACUUUAGAGUGUCAUCUCUACCAGCCCCUGGACUCCCACCCUGCUCUCUCAGUCACAGGGAGCUGUGAGGAAGCAGCUGUUGUCUUUGGAAAGCUGCCUCCUUUCCCAGUAAGUCCCAGCCCAUGUGGCCACAGCCACAGGGAGCCAGCCUGGCCCGGGUUUGCACAGCAGGUGGUCAAACCUUUGAAGGAGUUUCUGCCCCUUCUUAUAGAUUAGGGUGCACAAGGUAAUGGCAGUUUUGGGUAAAGGAAACUCAAGGAUUUCCCUUUGGAUCUUUAUCCCGCUCCAGCCCCAAGGGGCUCUGGCGAACAUUUACUUAAGCAGCCCGCAGUGGCACUCAGGUUUCACAGCCCCUGAGAGCUGGAGGGAACCUGGUCCCUCAGAGGGGCUAGCUCUGGCUGGCACAGCCUUCCCUCAGUCCUGCAAAGGAGAUGCUCUGAAUCAUCUUAAAGCCAGAACCCAAAUCAUAUGCUUACACAAAGAGUUCCAUUAUUUCAGACUUCAUUGGUUUGCAUGUUAAAGGUUUCUGAGGGAAAAGAGACUGCCUGCUGCUGUGCAUUCUGUGGGAAAUGAACAGAUUAACCGUACAAUCCGAUUUUACUAAAAUGCGAAAAUGCACUGUUACGGUUUGUUAUUUCCUUAAUUAUAAACAUGGAGCACCUUCUCAUAUGUCUUUAUCCUCCUCUUGGUAAUAAGGACUUUAUCAACUACUGCUGGUUGACCCUUGGAGGCUUGCAAAUCUUAGGGACUCCCCCUUGGGACUGCCCUCCACACUGGCAUUGGAUGCAGUACCUCACGGAGAUCACCACGCUCCCCGCAGCCGAGCCCUGGUGUGGUACCUCAGCGGGGUAAUGGGGGCCUGCCUCUGGAAAGCAUAGUGCGUGCCCAAGGAACCUUUCUGGAAUGUACCAGGACAGCUUUUCACAAAACCCCCAAUCCAAUCAUUGUCCUCACCAUACUUCAUUAGUAGGAGAUCUGGGUUCUGAAGAAGGAACUUCCUCCACCCAUGCUAGGUCUCAGUAAAGCCUGCCCUCAUGUUACUGGAGUGGCCUUCCAAAGCACCUGAGACCGUAGUCUCAACUGUGUGGUGUCAACCCCCAACAUAUGUCCUACACAUCUAUAUAAACUAAAGUAGAAAAAUACAUUGGAAUACUAAUGGUGGUUAUCUUUGGGAAGGGGAAUUAUGGGUAACAAAUUUUUUACACCUUGCUAUAUUUGCUAAAGUUUCUACAUAAGCAUUUUUGUAUUAAUUCUGUAAAGAGCAAUGUUUUUAAAAAUAAAAAGUUCAAUCUGUUAGCUAAUUUCAGCCAAAAGAGUUCAGAAUCAAUGAUUCCAUAACCAAUGUUAGCACUGCCGGCAGCCGCCUUGAUCGGCCUUGAGGAUGCACCAUGAGGCCCAGCCAGAGGGAGGCCCCUCCAAAGUCUUCACCUGCAUUUCGAUCAAGGUCUGGCCUCUGUUCCAUGGUGCUUCAAAACUCAGAAAAACCCAUCACAAAUGGGAAUACUCUCACACCUGUACUAACACCAGGAUUUUAGGCCAAACUCCAAAAAGCAGCUUUUGAGAAAACCUUGACCCUGCAGCCCACCCUGAGGAAGAUGGGGGAACCUCCCCUUUGAGUGGGAUCAACUCUGCCAGCCCUGUGCACACAGGCUUAAGUAAGAGGGAGUCUCCAACUGAGGUGGAGUGCCUGUGACACAAAUCCCUGUCCCAUGGUUCCCGUCAAAACUGUGGCUGAGGCACACACUCGGGACAGGAGCCUAAGCACUGCCCCUCUUCUCCUUCCUCCAGACACUUCACUUCCCUAGAGGCUGACAGUAAGUGAAGUCUGGUCCCAAGAAAGCUACGUACCUGGACUCCCAUCACGUCCUUCCCUUCCGAACUUCUUGCCUUUGAAGAACCAAAGCUUUCAAAGCCCUUAGUUCUUACUAAGGGUGAAUGUAAAAAGUGGUCAGUUCUGAAAUAUUUCUGCAUCUUUGGUAAUUUUUUUAGACAUUCUGAUAGCAGAUGGUCACAGCAGGACUGUGUCACAGGAGUAACUUCUUCCAGACCUCAGCAUAGACCAAUUCUAUCUUUCCGGAAAAUCCAGUGUGCUUUGUUAGACAAUAGGAGCUGUUUUCCCUCUUGGCCUUGGCUUUGAGGAGGCUCUGAGCUCAAUUAGGUAGUUUGCCCCAAAGCUGUCAGAAAUAAUUACUUCCACAGUCAACAUGCAUCUUCCAAUUUUUUUUUUCAGAUUUUUAUGUAACUGUAAUCCUUUAUCUUGAAGAGCUGUAAAUUCUUUUUGGAAGGAAGUGGAAUAAUUAAUGUAAACCCACAAAUACCUAUACCUCUGCCCCAUUCCAGCUCUCUCUGACUUAAUGUAAGAACCCCACCAAGUGUAGUGUUCAAACUCCGAAGAACCCAUCACAAAUACUAAAAGAUUUAUUGCAGACUUCUGUUACACAAUUAUGUUACAUGUUAUGAUACAAACACAUUUGAAACAUUAACACAUGGGAACUAUUAAAUCAUUUAAUAUUUCAUUUGCAAAAAGAUAAUUACUUUAGGCUUCCAUACAUGUACUAAAUGAACCUGUUGCCAUUUGGACCAAAUCUUCCUGUAGAUCUGUCACAGUCCACUGCUGAAUAACUCUGUGCACUUGCCCACUCACCUUGCUUGCAGCAGUUCAUGUAUAGAGUACCUGAGCCUUUAUGUACUCGAUUUUUUUUUUUUUUUUUACUAAGCCUGGGCCUCCCACUGCCUUACCAAAUAGAUUUCCUUUUGCAUCUGCAAUCCUCAGAUGUUGAAUAAAGAAGUGCAGAUUUCUCAGUCAUUACCCUGUCUUCCGUUCCUGACCCAAACGCCUACAGAACUCAUGAAAAUGUGAAUUAUGUUGGUUG